CGGGUCAGUGCAUUAUAAAAAUCUUUUGCAAUAAAAAUAAUUCAGAAAAAAAAAGUCUAUUUUUAAAAAUAUAUAUGAAUAUUUUAUGAAAAAUCUCGAAUUUUUAUUGUUACAGUGAAGUGCGGAUGUUUACCGGGGUGAAAGAGGUGAAUUUUUAAAUAACAAUAUGGCAAGAAGCUAUUUUUUCUUUAUUGCUAUUUUUAAAGGUUCAUUGUUAAGGUCUUCCAAAAGGAUAAUGCCAGCGAAUGUCAAACAAAUUUGAAUAGUUUUCCGUGUUACUCCUAUAGUGGUAGGGGCAUUUUUAAGUAUCACCGAAAUGAACGGACUGGCCGAAAAUAUAAUAUAAAAAUCCCACCAUUUAAGAAUCUUCUCUAGUUGACACUGAAAGUUACAACCAUGAACGAACCAAAAUUGUACCGAAAACACAAAUCACUACAAACCACCGAUAACAUUUACGUAAUAGAGAAUUUUUUGAAGUUGAUUCAAUGGAAAAAUUGCGAAAAUCAAACUGCGUUAGAUGUUGGUUGCGGAGAUGGACUCACCACUAUGGAAAUUCUUUUGCCUAAACUACCUAAAAGUUUAAACAAGUUGCUCGGUUGCGAUGUGAGCGACAAAAUGAUAAAGUUUGCCAAAGAAGUUUGCAAAAACGGGCAAUUGGAUUUUUGUCAAUUGAAUAUUGGCAAUAGCGAAGACUGUAUGGAUUAUCAUGCCAGUUUUGAUUAUGUUUUUUCUUUUUACUGUUUGCAUUGGAUUCCAGAUCAGAGAUCCGUCUUUGAAAAUAUCUACAACAUGCUUAAACCGGGCGGAGAUAUUUUGCUGAGCUUCCUCGGAACUAACCCCAUAUUCGACGUAUAUCAAAACAUAUCCAAAAAAAUAAUUUGGGCCAAAUAUCUGAGACCGGAAAUGAUUUCGCCUUAUCACAACUGCGAGGACCCAGGAAAGGUUUUGAAGAAAAUGCUAUUGGAAAUAGGGUUCGAGAAUUGCAAAUGCGUAGUCGAGGAUCGACAGUUUAUUUUUCCGAAUUUGAAACUAUUAGAAGGUUCAAUAGUGGCAGUUAAUCCGACUCUACCUCAACUUGAUUCAGAAGAAAAAGUCCAGUAUUUAGAAGACUUUAUGAACGAAAUAGCGAAAAUUUACAAAUACGACUGUGAUAAUAAUAAUGAAGGGAAAAUAGACGUAAAUUAUAAAUUAAUUAUUGUUUAUGCUAGUAAACCAAAUUAGUUAUAAAAAAUGUUGUCAAUUAGGUGUAGGGUGGUUUUUCACAGUUGUAAUUAAUUAAUAUUUAUCAAUGACUUUAAGUUAACGCAAAAUAUAAUUAAAGUAUUAUAUCCUGUGGUGUUUUAUUUUCUAUAUUCACACAUAAUAAUCUCAAUACUAAAUUUUUUUAUAAAUAAAAACAUUAAAUGCAUUUUAUAUUUAGUAGGUAUGUAUGUUGAAAGCAAAAAUUACAGGUAAUAUAAAUCUUCAUAAGUUACAUUGCAAGGAACAUAAAAUUAUAUGAAGUCAAAUUAAAUAAAUAUCACAAACUAACUACCUACCUAAAUUAUUGCUAAAAUAUUAAACUUUUCUCACCACAAUAUUCUCUACCAGUGCCAAAAAUAGACAUUCACUAGAUUGUAUUUUAACAAUAAAUAGAUAUUUUUUAGGCAUUUUGAUAUCAGUCAAAAUCUGAAAGGCUUAAUAUAGGCCACAAUAUCAAUAUCAGAUGUUAUUCUUUCAAAUACCCUCACAAAAUUAUUUAAAAACUACAAAAAUAUGUGUGAUUAUUGAGUACCUAUUUCUAAAAAAAAUCAGUCUAGAAGUACUACAAGUAUUCAGAUAGAGAAGCGUCUUUUUUUUUUGAGCACAUAUCUAAAUAUUUUUUUUCUGUAAUUAAUAAAUAGUUAAGGUAUAAUAGGUGAGCGAUUUUUAACCACGUGAUUUUUUUCUGCAUGGUCCACCUACUAAUCGAUUUGGACAUUAUAAAAGUGAUAUAGAAGCAUAGGAUUUCUGUUGCACACUAUUUAUCUGAUUUACUUGUUAUUUUAAUAUCAAAUGUAAUCAAUUAUUGGAUUACUCAUUCAAUAAGCGCUCACCUAUUAUUCUAGACCUAAAAUGGCACAUCAAAUUUAUAGAGGUAACUAGUUGAAUAAACAAUUAAAAUAUUGUAUCAAAAUGCCACAAAAUCUAAGAAAAAAAAAAGUUAAUUUUAUUAUAUUAUUACAUAUUAGUUUUGAAAUAUCACAAGAGAUUUAUAAAUAAAUAAAAUGUAUAAACUUAAUAUCACUUUCAGUUACCUUUACCCAAUUUUCCAGCCGAAGAUUGUUCGAGCGCAGCAUCCACAAUAUCUUCAGCGAUGUUUAGUUCAGAUUUAUUUAAGCAAAUUUGUUUGGC